CUUUUAUCAAUUUGUGGAAGAGAAGGCUUUACCCGUCUGGGUUCCUCUCUCCAUGCCUCUAUUCUUAAAAACCAUUAAUUCCUUCACCCUCAGAAUCCCGAUGAUUUCAAUGAUGACCUCCUCAUAUGAAACUCUCUUCUCUCUGUUUGUGUAAAAUGGAGGCUGGUCCUUGAUGAAUGUUUGCAAGAAAUGUUAUUUGGACAACGGCUGCUAAUACUUUGAAAUCUCAGGACUAGCUCUAAAUCGUUUAUACGAGGACAGUUCGAAAUUGUUUGCCAAGAUGCAUUUGGGAUCAGUGACUCCUAAUAAUUUGACUUAUUUGGCCUUGCUGGUGGCAUGUUUUGGUCUCCAGGAACUACAGGAGGGACGCCAAAUUCAUGGCCUUCUGUGGAAAUUGGGGAUCCAGUCUGACUUGUGCAUUGAGAGUGCACUCAAGGAUAUGUAUUCAAAAUGUGGAAAUGUUAAAGGUGCGUGGCAGAUAUUUGAUUCUGCUCAGGAUCUUGAUGCUGAAGGAAUCCAGAUUGAUCCAAACAUGGUGUCAGCCAUUCUUGGGGUCUUUGGUGAGGAUACGUCUUUGGGGUUGGAUUACCCUAAAACUCCACAUGGAGAAACUUAUAAAUUCGAAUACAUUGUUGUCAAAACAGUUCUAUAGGCUGUGAAUAUGGAAACAUUGCUUUGAAAUGGCUUUCAUGAAUCGAUUUAGUGAAGAAAAGAUGCCAGCCACUUGGCUAAGCAAUGAUGGGUUCUGCUCUGCCUUGUUCUCUCCAUUUCAAAUAUCAUCUGCAAUUAUUUUUAGUAUCUUCCAGGUAUGAGCUUUUUGGACAAAGAAGGUCAGAAUAUAAAACAUGGCCAAGU